CCCAACGAGCAUCCGCACCUCCCGAAGGCGGAGCUCCGGCGCAUCAUGGCGGCUGGCGGGGCUCAUUCCUCUUCCUCUGAACAAGCCUGGCUUGAGGAUGCUCAGGUCUUCAUCCAAAAGACCCUGUGUCCAGCUGUCAAGCAGCCUCAUGUCCAGUUGACUCCAUUGGUAAUUGAUUGUGUGAAGACUGUCUGGUUGUCCCAGGGAAGGAAUCAAGGUUCUACGCUGCCCCUCAGCUAUAGCUUCGUCUCAGUACAGGACCUCAAGACUCACCAGCAUCUCCCAUGCUGUAGCCAUCUGUCCUGGAGCAGUACUGCAUACCAGGCCUGGGCCCAAGAGGCUGGACCAAAUGGGAGCCCCCUUCCCCGAGAGCAGCUGUUGCUUUUAGGGACACUAACAGACCUACCGGGGGACUUGGAACAAGAGUGCAGGAACGGAAGCCUCUAUGUGAGAGAUAACACUGGCGUCCUGAGCUGUGAGCUCAUCGACCUGGACCUUUCUUGGUUGGGCCAUCUUUUUCUGUUCCCCCAUUGGAGUUACCUCCCUCCUGCCAGGUGGAAUUCCUCAGGGGAGGGGCACUUGGAGCUGUGGGAUGCCCCUGUGCCAGUGUUUCCUUUGACCGUCAGUCCUGGCCCGCUCACUCCUAUCCCUGUCCUCUACCCGGAGAGUGCUUCCCGCCUGCUCAGGCUCAGAAACAAGCUCAGAGGUGUGCAGCGAAACCUGGCUGGGAAUCUGGUUCGAUUGAGUGCUCUGGUGAAAAGUAAGCAGAAAGCUUACUUCAUCCUGUCUCUUGGUAGAUCACCCCCAGCUGUCACCCACGUGUCUGUCAUCGUGCAGGUCCCUGCCCAGCUGGUGUGGCACAGAGCCCUUCGGCCUGGUACAGCCUAUGUGCUGACAGAACUGCGAGUGUCCAAGAUCCGUGGUCAGCGCCACCAUGUUUGGAUGACCAGUCAGUCCUCCCGUUUGUUGCUGCUGAAACCAGAAUGUGUGCAGGAGCUGGAACUGGAGCUGGAAGGACCCCUCUUAGAGACUGAUCCCAAACCACUCCCCAUGCCCAGCAUUUCCGAGGACGAGAAGGAUCCAAAAGGUCUUGUCCGGUAUUCUAGACUCCUGUCCUAUUCGGGAGCAGUGACUGGUGUGUUGAAUGAGCCCGCUGGCGUCUAUGAGCUGGAUGGGCAGCUGGGGCUCUGCCUUGCCUACCAGCAGUUCCGUGGCCUCAGGCGUGUGAUGCGACCAGGAGUGUGUCUGCAGCUCCAGGAUGUUCACCUGCUCCAGUCAGUGGGUGGGGGGACAAGAAGGCCAGUGCUCGCCCCCUGCCUCCGAGGCGCCGUUCUGCUUCAAAGCUUCUCUCGUCAGAAGCCUGGGACUCACUCAUCCCGUCAAGCCUACGGGGCCUCCCUGUAUGAGCAGCUGGUGUGGGAACGUCAGUUAGGACUUCCCCUCUACCUGUGGGCUACCAAGGCCCUGGAGGAGCUGGCCUGCAAGCUGUGUCCCCAUGUGCUGAGACACCACCAGUUCCUGCAGCAUUCCUCUCCUGGGAGCCCCGGCCUGGGACUGCAACUCCUGGCUCCUACCCUGGAUCUUCUAGCUCCGCCAGGCAGCCCUGUUCGGAAUCCGCACAGUGAGAUCCUUGAAGAGCCACAUCACUGUCCCCUCCAGAAAUACACUCGGCUACAGACUCCCUCCUCCUUCCCUACUCUGGCCACCCUGAAAGAGGAAGGACAGCGUAAGGCCUGGGCCUCCUUUGACCCUAAGGCCCUUCUGCCCCUCCCGGAGGCCUCGCACCUGUCCAGCUGCCAACUCAAUCGCCGCCUGGCUUGGUCCUGGCUCUGUCUGCUGCCCUCUGCCUUCCACCCAGCCCAGGUUUUACUUGGGGUUCUGGUAGCUUCAUCUCAUAAAGGUUGUCUGCAACUUCGGGACCAAAGUGGCUCCCUGCCCUGCCUGCUCCUGGCCAAGCACUCUCAACCCCUCAGUGACCCACGGCUGAUAGGCUGCCUGGUGAGGGCAGAGAGGUUUCAGUUGAUCAUAGAGAGGGACGUGAGAAGCAGCUUCCCUUCCUGGAAGGAGCUGAGCGUGCCAGGCUUCAUCCAGAAGCAGCAGGCCAGAGUCUAUGUCCAGUUCUUUCUGGCUGAUGCCCUGAUCCUGCCUGUGCCCAGGCCCUCCCUUCAUUCAGCAACACCCUUAAUACCUCAGACAGAUCCCACCAGCCCGGAGGGACCCCACCUAGGACAGAGCCGACUCUUCUUGCUCUGCCACAAGGAGGCCCUCAUGAAGCGGAAUUUUUGUGUCUCUCCAGGAGCAAGUCCAGAGGUGCCCAAGCCCACCCUCAGUUUCUGUGUGUUGGGGAGCUGGCUUGGGGGCACCCAGAGGAAGGAGGGGACUGGAUGGGGGCUGCCCGAGCCCCAGGGAAAUGACGACAAAGAUCAGAAGGUUCACCUCAUUUUCUUUGGCGCUUCAGUCCGCUGGUUUGAGUUCUUGCACCCGGGGCAAGUGUACCGACUCGUAGCUCCUGGCCCCCCUACACCAAUGUUGUUUGAGAAGGAUGGUUCAUCCUGCAUAUCUCGGCGUCCUCUGGAGUUGGCUGCCUGUGCAUCCUGCCUCACUGUCCAGGACAGCUGGACUCUGGAGCUUGAAAGCUCCCAGGAUAUCCAAGAUGUGCUGGAUGCAAACAAGGCACUGCCUGAAUCCUCACUGACCGACCUGCUCAGUGACAAUCUCACAGAUUCCUUGGUGUCUUUCUCCGCUGAGAUUUUGUCACGGACACUGUGUGAACCCCUUGUGGCCUCUCUCUGGAUGAAGCUGGGGAACACGGGGGCCAUGAGAAGGUGUGUGAAGCUAACCGUCGCCCUUGAGACUGCUGACUGUGAAUUCCCCCCUCACCUGGAUGUAUAUAUCGAAGACCCCCACUUGCCUCCCUCACUAGGACUCCUUCCAGGAGCCCGGGUCCACUUUAGCCAGCUGGAGAAAAGGGUUUCCAGAUCUCACAAUGUUUAUUGUUGUUUCCGGUCAUCCACUUACGUGCAGGUCCUGAGUUUUCCCCCUGAGACCACCAUCAGCGUUCCCCUGCCCUACAUCUACCUGGCUCAACUUCUGCAGGGUGGUCAGUCCCCAUUCCAGGCCACUACCUCUUGCCAUAUCGUCUCCGUCUUCAGCCUUCAGCUCUUCUGGGUGUGUGCUUAUUGUACCAGCAUCUGCCCCCAGGGAAAGUGCAGUCGGCUGGGCCCCACAUGCCCUACACAGACAUCUGUAAGCCAGGCCACCAUCAGGCUCCUGGUGGAGGACGGGACUGCCGAAGCCGUGGUGACCUGUAGGAAUCACCAUGUAGCAGCAGCACUAGGGCUGUGUCCUAGAGAGUGGGCCUCCCUCCUGGAGUUCGUGCGAGUGCCGGGCAGAGUGGGCUUGCAGUUUGCAGGGCCUGGAGCCCAACUUGAGUCCUCAGCCAGGGUUGACGAGCCUAUGACCAUGUUCCUCUGGACACUUUGUACUAGCCCCUCCGUCCUCCGACCUAUUGUGCUUUCUUUUGAGCUGGAAAGGAAACCGUCUAAGAUCGUCCCAUUAGAACCUCCUCGGCUACAGCGAUUCCAGUGUGGAGAGCUCCCUUUCCUGACUCACGUGAACCCCAGGCUCCGAUUGUCCUGCCUUUCCAUCCGAGAGUCAGAGCACUCCAGCUCUCUGGGGGCCCUUGCUUCCUCCUGUUAACUGAACUGCAAGGAUGGCCUGAGAGUCCUUCCUUGCUAAAAACCUGAAGGCCUAGGUCCUGGCUCCUCCCCUACUUGCCCUGUGAUUGAACCAAGGACUCCAGAUUCACAAACCGCUACACCACUAUAAUUUCCCUUUGGUGUUCUGGUGCCAGCCUGCCUUGGCGAAACUGUGGAAACAAGAAAUCACGGCACUAUUGAUAUUUCCUCUGACUGGGGACAAGGCAUGUGUAUUCACAGGUGGCUCUGAGCACCUGGGUUCUGACUUUGUGGCCGGAGCUGAGGGAACAAAAGACUUGCUCGCUGUGGGGAUGAUGGUGACAGGCCCAUUGACCUGCAAUGAAGCCCUCUGGUGUCAUUUC